AUAUGCAAGUCACACUGGCUCCUCACUCAUUCACAUCCUUUGAUCUUGCGCUGGCGCCGUCCAAACUUGUCACGUUGGCAGGGAGAGUCAACAAAUACUUGAUGUCUGAACUGUGGGAUACCCAAGUAUAGAGUUUCAAUUGUAUUGAUAUUGGUCGUGGUGAAGAGGAUUGUUUUCUCCUAUACAGAAAUCCAAUGAAACCUUUAAACAAAUAAUCAGAAUCACAGGAAUUAUUUGCCAGGACACAGGCCCUCAAAGUUUGGAAUUUUGAUUAAGAAUUUCAGCAAGGCUAUUGUUGGACCGAGAAGUACCUGGCUUCUUGCACUAAUUUUCUGGUAAUGAAGAUAUUCACUAGGAAUCCUGUGCAAAGCUUACUACAGUUUCGAUGCGUUCAAUCAAGUGGAAGGGCAUUGAAUGUUCUUCUAGGUCACCUUUGUCCUAAGUGUUCUAAAAAACAUGAGGGCACAACUUCAGGAAGCAAUACCACUGGAUGCACAUGUUUGCGAUGGUUCUUCACACCAUCUAGUAAUGAUUCUGCAACUGUACCAAGCAUCAAUGAUGGAAAUAAUGAAGUGCUCACCACCCAGCCACGAGAAAAUGGUUUUGAUCCUAGUUACCAGUUGGACGAUGCAGAUAAGACAGUUACAGCUGUUGGCCACCGUCAGAAAUCAAGCAUGCACCAUAGACUGAAAAUAUGGAUCAGCAGUGGGCAUAAUGGCAUAAUGGGAAGGUAUGGAAAUAAGUUGGAAUCGGGUGUCCCCAAUGUGGCUAAGCCAUCAUCAGAUGAACUUGUUGAUUCUGGAUGGCCAGAUUGGCUCAUGAAUGUGGCACCAGAGGCAGCACAAGGAUGGUUUCCUCGGCGACUGGAUUCAUUCGAGAAAUUAGGCAAGGUUGGACAAGGAACUUAUAGUAGUGUCUACAAAGCCCGAGAUCUUAAAACCGGCAAGCUUGUUGCACUGAAAAAAGUGCGCUUUCUUAAUGUGGAUCCUGAAAGCGUACGCUUCAUGGCUAGAGAAAUUCUUGUUCUUCGGAGACUCAAUCAUCCAAAUGUCAUAAACUUGGAAGGGAUAAUAACAUCUUCUGUUUCACGAAGCCUGUAUCUUGUAUUUGGGUACAUGGAACAUGACCUUGCUGGCCUUGCUGCGACUCCAGGCCUCAAGUUCACUGAGCCACAGGUCAAGUGCAUACUGCAGCAGUUACUUAGUGGCCUCGAUCACUGCCACAGCCAUGGAGUCUUGCAUCGGGACAUGAAGAGUUCCAACAUCUUGAUUGAUAGCAACGGUAUUCUGAAGAUCGCAGACUUUGGCCUAGCAACGUCUUUUGACCCAGACAACCAGCAGCCGCUGACAAGCCGUGUAGCAACAUUGUGGUACAGACCACCUGAACUUCUUCUCGGUGCCACCAAGUAUGGUCCUUCUGUGGAUAUGUGGAGUACAGGGUGCAUUCUUGCAGAAUUGCUUGCUGGCAAGCCAAUCUUGCCUGGAAGAACUGAGGUGGAGCAACUUCACAAAAUUUUCAAGCUCUGCGGAUCACCUUCUGAGGAGUACUGGGAUAAAUUGGAAGUGCCCCAGACAGGGAUGUUCAAGCCUGGUAGCCAGUACAAGGGAUGUAUUGCUGAAACUUUUAAGGAUUUUCCUCACUCAGCUCUGAUUCUUCUAGAUAGUUUGCUUGCCUUAGAACCAGGAGCUCGUGGAACAGCUGCCACCACUCUCCAGAGUGAUUUUUUCAGAACAAGCCCACUUGCCUGCAGCCCCUCGAGCUUACCGAAGUGUCCACCAAGCAAAGAGUAUGAUGCCAGACUCCGAAGGGAGGAAGAUAGGAGGCAAAGAAAGGCAGCUCAGGGUGAAAAUUUGAAUCCUAAACUAAACCAUGCUGAUGAUGGCAAUGGCAAACCAAAGAAAGACAAAGGUACUGCAGCAGAUACCAAUAUUGCAGAUCUCAACUCACAGGAUGAAACACGGACAUUAGCUACUGGGGUGCAAUCUCAAGAAUAUGAGUCCACAUGGAACAUGAGGGGAGAUUCCAGUGACCAUUCGGAGGUACCUGGACGCAAAUACAAUUCUGUUCGGGUGGCGAACUCAACUGCCAUGCAGAAAAACAGAGCAAGUAUGUGUCAACCUGAAUCCGCUGAUGCAACGAAUGAAGUUUUCAAUGGCCGAGGGAAGAAGCGCCCAAUUGUGAGCUACAAGGGCAGGAGCAGAAGAUAUCAGCACUCAGAAUCAAUGAUUGCCGGAAACGGAAGCAUGGAACGGAUGCUCAAGCAGCAUGAAAAGAACAUCCAAGAAGCGGUGCGCAAAGCGCGCAUUAACAAGAGCAAAGAGUUGUGAAACAGAACUGCGGCUAUACAGUAUUAUAGUUGACUCAUGCCGCUUGGAAAAUUAAAUAUGUUUUCUUUCAUACUGCUUCGAAAUCAGAACAAACGCUGCACGCAGUUGCUGCUGCAUUUCAAUCUCAGAAUUUCCAGACUUGUGACCUCCUUGGAUGGAUAGACCUUGACAACUGUACCUUCUGCCCAGGGGUUUCUGAAUCACCCCCCAACUAAAGUUGUGGUCUUCCCCUCCAGGAAGAAGGAGCGUGUGAUGAGAUGCCCUCAGCGAGCGAGGCAAACUCCGUCUUACACACCCAAGAUCCUUGUUCUCCGGAUCAGUUCUGAAGUCGGCAACAGAAAGGUUUUCGCCGUGGAUACUGGUCACAAUCACUCUUCGACUGGAUAGACAGAUUCGCUCCCAGGAGACAAUAUCCUGGUGCGAUCAGUUAUGUGAAGUAGUCAUGCAAUGUAAUAUGUUCUCCAACACCCUCUUCUCCCUGUAACCGGCCCUGCUAUCAGCAGACUCAAGCCGUUUGUAAAUCGGUUGGUUUCUCGACCUUGCAAUACAAAUCUUAGUAGGGCAUUUUGCCCGCUGUCCA